UUUUCAGCUUUGAUGCAGGUCAGCUGUUGGUUUUGUCUUCAAAGACUGAGCUGUGAUUGCUGUUCAGGUUUGGUCUUCAUAGGUAUCUGAGAUCCCCAAAAAUGCCUUCAGGCAAUGGUCUGUUAGAUCUGAAGAUUGCUGUGAUAUGUGCCAGCAACAUGAACAGGAGCAUGGAAGCUCAUUCAUUUCUCAGCAAACGAGGUUUCAAUGUGAUGUCUUUUGGAACAAAUGACAAAGUGAAGCUUCCAGGGCAGAGCAUUGACAAACCUAACUGUUACGAAUUUGGUGUCACCUAUGAUGAGAUCUACAAGGAUCUUGUGGCCAAAGAUCAUAACUUAUACACUCAAAAUGGAAUCCUUCACAUGCUGGAGAGGAACAGGAGAAUUAAGGCAGGCCCUGAGAAAUUUCAACACUGUAAAGAGAAAUUUGAUGUCGUUAUCACAGUAGAGGAACGAGUGUAUGACCUUGUCAUUGAGACUUUGGAAAGUCGAGAGAAGGAAGGGAGCAGUCCGGUGCAUGUCAUCAAUAUUGAGAUCCAGGACAACCAUGAGGAGGCGACACUUGGGGCGUUCUUGAUCUGUGAACUCGUCACUUUGAUGGCAUCGAGUGAAGACUUGGACAAUGACAUAGAUGAGUUGCUGCAAGAGUUUGAGCACAAGUGCAAGCGGUCAAUUCUACACUGUGUCCAGUUCUACUGAGCCUCCAGGGAGGGGGGACGUCUUCCUCAUCGUCUGGGAUGUUUUUUUUUGGUAUCCACAAAAUGCAUCCCUCAUCGGUCAUCUGUGUCCCUUCCUUCUUGCAAAGUUGUCACCCUGUCUCAUAUAUCUUCCAUACAGAACUGAGCUUCUUGAUACUAUUAAACAGCUCAGGAGACACAUGACUGUUCUCUUCCUAUUGUAAUGUAUUGUUAUUUGGAAAGAAGGCUAUCUUCAUUGCUGCAUUGUUAGUGAUUGUCCUUGAGUAUGUUUCUAUGGCAAUUCUUAAACUUUUAAGCACUGACAUCAUCAAUGAAAUAUCUUCCCUAUCAGAAGUCUCAUAAAACUAAAUAUUUUUCAUGUAGAUAGAGCAUCUGAAUGAUGUCAGGAUCUAAAAGUUUCAGAAUGCCUGGAGUGUAAUGUAUAUGGAUAUUUUUUUCAUUGGUGAUGAACCUCUGUGAACUGAACUCAGCUGUUGGGUGAUUAUCCUGGUUUGCUAGGAUUCAAGAAAGAAAAAAGUUAUGAUUUGCAAAAAUGUUCUGCUGUGCUGAUUUUUUUUUUUCCUUUGCUUGUUUGUUUGUUUGGGUCUGGUUUUUUGAUGUCAUAUGCUGGUUGCAGGUCAGCCAUGGUAUCCUGAGUGCAGUCAGGUGAGAGUUUCUUUCCAACAAAUUUGUUGCUCCUAGGUCAUCAACAUCAUCUCUGCUAAUGAAAAAGACAGACUGUAUUGCAUCCAGAGUAGUAUCAGGAUGACAAUAGGACUAUGGCAUUUGACAAAAGUUAUGUACUUGUGAAUCAUCACUCUGAAAAUUGUGAACCAUCCUAGAUGGAAAAAAACUUGGCUUCUCAAUUUUUU